AUGAGCAACUACUCGCUUAUCACAAUUCUUGCGAUUGUCUUGAUGCUGUCGGCCACCGUCAGCGCCCAAUGGUUCGGUGGCUGGUCUCAACCGACGUGGGGAUACACCGCGCAAGGUCUCGGUGUCGAUUCCAACGGGAAUACAUUUUCCGGUACCCCAGAAAACGGCAUCUAUCUCUACUGCAAUGGACGUGGAUGCCCUGGUCGAGGCUAA